AUGAAUCUCACUGUUGACCACCGAAGCAGGUCUGCCGCCGCGGCUGACGAUGAUGGAGCGGACCAAAUCGGCUUUGAUACGCCCCGCUCCGGCGUGGCAACCCCUCAGCCCGACCUCCAUGACAAACGUUUGCCGGGAAUCAUGAGCUACUUCGGCCAGGUUCGUACAGAUUCUAUUCACAAUUCUGUAUCUGCCCCUGUCGCGUCGGAUUUUGUGCGAGGGCAGUCUCCUUACGGUCCCUCAACCGACCCAGUCGAGAUGAAUGGAACGCCCUCUCAGGUCAGCUCAGUGGUUGCUGUGCCCUGUGGCGAUUCUGAACCAAUGCCCCCAUUAACCCCCUAUCCUGAGCCACGAACCGCGUCACAACACACUGCAUCAAACGCACUGCAAGGAGCCCACCAGUAUCCGACCCCGCCGAUAUCAAGACGGUCGUCGAUAGGGUAUCCUGCGAGAAGUCUGUCAUUGUGGCACGGAGACACACGAUCCGCUGCAUCUUCAUCUGCGCGACCGUUGCUCCAAAAAAGCUCAUCAGACUUCUCGACAACAAAGUGCCGCAGCCUUACCCUCAUGUCCCAACCCUCAAGCGUGGUCACCAAAUCGGCUGUGCAUGCUCAUCACAUAUCCAACCCCAGCCUCCCCAAACCCACCACACCAGUGUCUCCCACACACCCCCAGAUUGGUUCAGCACAGAAAGCCACUCCCUUUGACAACUAUUCCUCACUUGAUCAGCUGAAGAGGCUAACACAAGUCGCGGGUUUCAAGAGCGGACCGCCAACUCCCACUCGAGCCCUCUCGGCAGCUCAACCAUCUCAGGAAGAGCGAUCGGGCUCAAAGAGAAGCAGUAAUGAAACGGCACCUCCUAGUGGCACCCAGACGCCUAGAGGCUCUACCGGCGCUCAAGUCCCCGCAGCGAAGGGCAAGCUCACGAUCAAGAUCGUGGAGGCAAAGGGUCUAAGACGUGCUAGAGAUCCCUAUGUUGUUGCUGUUUUCCAAAGAAGCGAGCUAAUCUCAGGAGGCCCGCGGUCCGUUGAGGAGGAGGAAGAUGUAAACCUGCCGGCGCCGUCCUUGGGAGGCAUUCCGAUCCAGAGGCAAGGAAGCGAUUCGGGGCGGCCCGCCAUGUCCAUCCCUAUGCGCAGCCGUCAAAGCAGCAACACUAGUAUUUCUGACUACAACACGUUCCGCAACAAGUCUCGGCGAUCUUUUACCAGCCCAAAGUGGGACGCUGAAGCAGAGUUCGAUGUUGUGGACUCUAACAUGCUGGUGGAUAUUUCGGUUUACGACCACAGCGCAAAUGGCGAAGAGUUCCUGGGUCACGUCGAUUUCCAGGCAAACCGGGACUCUAACAACCCGGUCCGCGGUUGGUUUACGCUUAAAGGCCAUGCCGACACAAUGGCGGAGAACGCCCCCACUGCCAACUUCCAGGGCUUCACUUUUGUCGACGAGAGUGCCCUUGACGAUCACAUGAGGGAUAAGAACCGAUAUGAUGACGAGGAGAUGCGCGACUCGCAUCAUCAAGACGACGAUGACUGGGACGACCUGGAAGACAUGAACCAACGAGGCAACCGUAUGAGUGGCAUAGUGAGGACAACUACCAACGACGAGCAGAUGGUUGGCGGUGGCCACUUUGAUGUCUGA